UGUGUGCACGUUUCCAUGUGCGUUGGCUUUGGGGCAAUCAACGCACCUUUCUCUCGCAAUUCUCCUGCCAAACAGCGUCCCAACCUUCUGUUCCUUCCAAUCUCCGGCCUUCCCUGAUCCUAUUCUCCACCGUUCGAUCCUACCGCUGCUGGUAUCGACGGUUGAUAUUCGUCCGAUAGGCACUUUGGUUUCUCUGAGCUACAGCAGAAGGAUUCUCAUUUUUGAAUCCUGUCUUUCUUAUCAAGAUUCAUAACAUAUGAACAGGUGUAUUGUGGGCUAGAAAUUGACUUUGACUGAGAAAGCAAACUACAGUUCACUGUAGAUCUAUCAUUUUUGAAGUUGCUGAAGCCUUAUAGUUCCUCAUUCAUAUUGAACAUCAUGAAGCUAAAAUGACCAUGACACUCCUGGUGUGGUUCCUUUAUAUUGCACUAAGCUUGUGAAGUGCAGCUCGUCCUCAGCCUCCUAUGGCCAUAGGAACAAUCUUUGUGUGAAGAGCCAGCUCAUUUGCCCUAGUUGAGCAAGCUCGUCUCCCUGAAGUUGAAGCAGCCCUUGUCUCGUCUAAGAUUCGAUCGUGAGGUGCCCUUCUGCCCGAGUUGAAGCAACCCUUGUCGUGCCCAAGAUCCGAUCACGAGAUGCAGUUUCAAGCCCAGGAGGAAGUCUAUAUGGAGCAACCACUUGGGUUUGUUGCUCAGGAGGAGUCAGGAAAGGGAAGCUGGGAGUCAAACCAUGCAAUGCGCCAAUGAUUACAGACUUGCAACUUCCAGUUGAUGAGGGAGAGUUGUUUGAAAAUCUUGAAAUAUAUAAAAGAUGUAGAUUGGGCUUCUUCUAAGGUUGACAAGAGAUCGACAACAGGAUACUGUGUUUUCGUUGGUGGCAAUUUGGUCUCAUGGAAGAGUAAGAAGCAGAAUGUGGUAUCUCGGUCUAGUGCAAAAUCAUAAUAUUGAGCAAUGGCACAAUCAACAUGUGAACUUAUGUGGAUCUAUCAACUGAUGAGUGAAAUUAGAUUAGGUAAGGGAAAGGAUGUAGCGGGCGCGGGUCCAAGUGAGGCUGUCGGGUAAGGGCAAGGAUGUAGCGGGCGCGGGUCCAAGUGAGGCGGUCGGGUAGGCAUAUGUGUGCUGGGGCUCCCUCAACAAAAGAUUUUGGGAGUGUUUUGGAGCUAGUAUCUUAGAUCCUUUCUUAUCUUUGAUCCUUUCUUCUUUUAGGUGGUUCCUAUCUUGAUUCCAGGGCCGUGAUCCAUUCUUCUCUGAGCAGGGAGCCAUGGAUCAUAGAUACCUUCCCAGCUCAUUCAGGAGGGACCAAAGUUAUAAUAGAAAUCAACUAACUGCAGAACAGUCUUACAUACAUUUGGGAAGGGCUGUUGCACCAGAAAAUGGUUCGAGGGGUGUAAUACACUCUGCUUCACAGUGGAAUUCAGAGAGCAGAGGAAAUGAACGUCAUCCUUCAAGUUUCAGCAUGGAACUACCACAUUUCCAGCCAGCUCUUUCGGCCCCUUCAUAUGAUCCCUUCCCACAAUCUUCAGCUGCUGGGAACUUGUAUCUGGCCCCACAGAAUAAUGCUGGCCAUGCAUAUUCUGAUUAUUAUGGCAGAUGUAAUAUUCGUGAAAAUCAAAGUGCCACGAUAGAUUCUGUAACAGGAAAUGGAAGGGGACCAUUCAAAAGAAAAAGUCCUGAGAUUUCUGUGGCAUUUGAAAGAGGCAGCACAAGCAGAUUCUGCAGUGUAGGAAGUUCCUCCAGUUCUGAGUUACCACAGGGGAAACAAAAUUCUGCUUAUCAAAACAUUCCUUCUGGCAAUAUUGGUUUACCUCACUAUGGGGGUGGUAGCCUCUCAAUUCCUGGUGAAGAUCCCUUGAGGAAUGUCAGAAAUCGAUCUAGGCUUGAUAUGGGAGCCAACAUAAUGAGAACUGAUUCAUCAACUUAUUCUGCUCGCCAUUAUCAUUCCACAACUCAUUCAUCAAACUACCAUGGAGUGGUAAAUGUAAGCAGCACUAAUGCUGAUGAAACCACUCGAUUUAUGAACUUUGGUGCCCUGCCACCUACUGCUCAUGGAAGGAUUCAAACAUCAGGUAUCAAUAGCUUGAGCCACGAGAGCAAUCAUUUUCUUGUGAGAAGAAGUGGCACAGAGAUUAGAGGUUGCCAUCUUGAUUCUACUUCAAGCAGAAAUCUUGUUUCACCUUCACAGUAUGUUCAUGCUCCACCUCUAAGAAGUGAAAGGGAAGGCCGUCAUACUCAUUCUCAAAGACCAGUACCUCCAUAUAGGCCUGGUCCAAGCUGCCCUUGGUUCAGAUAUCAAUCAGCUUCUACAGAGCACAGUCUGCAGUCACUAUCAGCAGCUCGUAGUUCUGAUUAUUCAAGACCAUCAAUGGGAGGAUGGAGCUAUGGUCACAGGAGUGGAAGGUCAAGGAUAGCCUUUGAGCAAAUUCAGUCUAUUUCUAGUAUUGUGGAUGCUCAAGACAGAAUUGGCUCAGAGGAACUCAGGAUGAUGGAUAACUCAUCACUCUAUACCAGUUCAAGGAAUUUGUUUGAUCAAUAUACAGACAUGAGGCUAGAUGUUGACAACAUGAGUUACGAGGAACUUCUUGCUCUUGGGGAACAAAUAGGGAGUGUCAGCACUGGCUUGUCUGAAGAUAUGAUUCCAAAGUGUUUGAUUGAAACAAAGUCUUCAGAUAAACACCAUGAAGGAACAUGUUGCAUUUGCCUUGAAGAGUAUGGUAGUGAUGAAGAGGUUGGAACCCUAAAGAAGUGCGGGCAUGACUACCAUGCGAGCUGCAUUAAGAAGUGGGUGCUGAUGAAGAAUGUGUGCCCCGUCUGCAAGGCUCCUGCUCUUGCCCUAGAUUCUUAAUGUCAAAUUGGUCACUUGAACUUGGACUUGGGACAAAAACAGCUUUCUUUGUGUUCUUGUAUAUAUUCAGUAUUCACACACACAAGACAAAACAGAUCUAAAACAACAGUUUCUCCAAAUGGGGGAAGCCGUUUCACUGAAUUGUUAUUUAGGAAACUUCAGUUUGUGCAAUUCUAUUGCUUUCUGAUUGCA